GAAAAUAUUAUUAAUUCCCAUCCGUCUCUUAUUGCAAAAUUUUCUUAUAUUUUAUGAUCAAACCAUUUUUAACUUAAGACUGCGUGAUACGUAUCCAAAUGCAAAGCUGUAUGUUAUUCGCGAGUAAUCACCUGUUUGAUAAAAGAAAGGAACGAAAAGCAUAAAGGAAAAAUUAUACCAAUAUUGUGCACAAACAAUACGAUUUCGUGCAAACAUUUUGCAUUGUUUAUAAUCUAAAAUCUUUGUUCUUCUUGAAGCCGUUAUAGCAUAUUUGUUUUGUCCAUUAUAAAAUUAAACAUUGAAUUCAUUAGCAGUACAGUGUGAGCUAGGUUCAAAUAAAAACCAAUAAGCUUGGAAACUGCACGAAAAAGAUUUCUUAACUGGACCUUUGAACGUUAUUAUUUGGGUUUUUGUGUGGUGAACCUGUUAUUUGCACAUUAGUACUUCAUAAUGGAGCAGUUAUCAACAACGUUAAAUGUGGUAAUGUCGACAGAUUCCAAAACAGGUAUUAGUGUUAUAGCACCCCUUGCUGAUGUCGAGAAACUCGCCUAUGAAAUUCACCGUUACUCCAGUUUCUCCACCAACUAUUUCCCUGAAAAUAUACUCGUAGACUGCCCCAGUGACCAAUCCUCACGCUGGUCAGCUCAUACCAACAAUCCACCCCAAUAUCUUACGUUGAAACUAAAGCGUCCUGCCAUUGUUAAAAAGAUAAAAUUCGGUAAAUUUGAAAAGGCGCAUGUUUGCAAUAUAAAAAAGUUUCGUAUUUUCGGAGGUAUCGAUGAGGAGCGCAUGGUGUUGCUCUUAGAAGGAGGUCUGAAAGAUGACAACGUACCAGAAGUAUUUAAUUUGCGCUGUAGAACGGAAGACGGUUCCGAAGAACUUCCAAUUUUGUUCUUGAAAGUUGUGCCAUUGCUGUCAUGGGGGCCGACAUUCAAUUUUAGUAUUUGGUAUAUAGAACUACAUGGACAGGAUGAUCCUAUGUAUACCAGUGCCAGUUUAAGGAACUACAAUGUGCUUCGCGAGGUAGAAAUUGUUAAAUUAUGUCUAAAACAUUUCCGACAACAAGGUUACGAUGCCGCCUUCCGAGCUCUACAAGAACAAACUAAUGUACAGUUAGAGCACAAACUCAUAACCGAACUGCACAAGUGUUUGGUUGUAAAUGGUGAUUUUGAAAAGGCGGAACAACUUAUAACUGAAUGUGUAAAUAAUGGACUAAUGGACACAUACCUUAGUCGUCAAGAUUACAAGCAUACUUGGCGUAUGCAGCCAAUCACAAGCAAAUUGUCGCCAGGUAACCGCGGCGGUCAUCAACUGGUGGUAGACACUAAAAAACGUCUGGUCUACUUGUACGGCGGUUGGGACGGUUACCGUGAUUUAAGUGACUUGUGGGUAUUUGACAUAAAAACCAGCAGCUGGGCAUUGCUUUUCGAACAAACACAGCUAUUUAACGGACCCACACCACGUUCAUGUCACAAAAUGGUCUAUGAUUCAGUUAGUGAAAAUAUUUUCAUGUUGGGCCGUUAUUUGGAUAAUUCGAUUCGCACCACAGAUUAUAUAAAAAGUGACUUCUUCCUUUAUGAUACACGUGCGCGCACCUGGCUGCAAAUAUGUGAUGACACCAGCCAAAUGGGUGGUCCCCAUCUUGUCUACGAUCAUCAGAUGUGCAUUGACAGCGAAAAGCGUAAUAUUUAUGUGUUUGGUGGCAAAAUACUCACGCCACGAAGUGUUUCGAAUUCCACUUCAAGUGAACCAGAAUACUCGGGCCUUUUCUCCUAUCACAUUGCCACUAACACUUGGACACAGAUACUUGUCGACUGUCACCAUCCAAGUGCUGCACAAGCAGAUGUGCUCUCGAUAAAAUCGCGCAUCACGCAUUGCAUGGUCUUUCAUACGAAAAACCGUAAACUCUAUAUUUAUGGUGGUCAGCGCGGCAAAGAGGAUAUUGACGACUUUAUCACGUACGAUGUAGAUACCCAGGCCAUUUCGGUGCUUAAUAAAGACAAUAAUGCGUGUGGGGGCGCUGGUGGGAGUAGCGUUUGCGCUCAUAACAGCGGCACGGACGUGAAAAAUGAGCCAUCGCCAGGUUACACGUUGCGCGCCACAAUAGAUUGUGAUCGCGACGAAAUUUAUAUUUUUUCAAGUUUAAGUAAACUGAAGGAUCGUCGUGAUAUUCAGCAUGAUGAUGCGUCAAAUUCAUUUUGGGUGUAUUCGCUGAAAACCUACGACUGGUCGCGUAUUUACACAUACCGACACAAUGCGGAAUCCUCAAAUGCUUCCGGUAAAAAUGAUUUGCUCGAACCAUGUCCACGAUAUGCGCACCAGUUGAUCUUUGAUGAUGUGGCAAAGAUGCAUUAUCUUUUUGGCGGCAAUCCCGGUAAAUCAUCGCUACCGCAAAUGCGUUUGAGUGAUUUUUGGAUACUUGAAUUGGAAAAACCCAAACGUAUUGAAAUAUUAAUGUAUUGCCGUUAUCUUGUACGGAAAUUGCAUUAUAAAGAAAUGACGCGGAAAGAUCCGCUUAAAGCAAUGCAGUAUUUGCGGAACCACGUCGCUGAGGUUAUUGACCAUUCGAAUCCCGAGCAACUGAAAAAUUUUCACAAAUUAGCAUCAUUGCUCUUUCGUACAGACGAUAGCAAUACCGUAUCAGGUCGAUCGCCAUUGGCAACACCGCCUUUAGGUAAGACACUAAAAAUGGAUAGUGAUGCUCAAGUGGAAAAUGUCGAAGCCGCGUCAGGUGCAGAUGAAAAACGACAAAUCGACGAAGAAUCGGCAAAUAAAUCUGGUUCACAACCAGAUGUUAUAAAUCCCGUUGAAGAUCAAUUUUCUAUGGAAUCAUGUGAUAGCACUGCAACAACAGCUUCCCUUUCCGGAGCCUCCGAUUCGGCUGUGUCUUCUGCUAGCUCCUCCAUACAUAGUCGUCGUAAUAGCAGCAAACGAGCACAUGACGGCCAGCAGGAAGAACUGCGCAGAUGUCGCGCUUUUCUCUUCAAUAAAAUAGUACAGUUAAUGCCAGCCAGUAUGGUACAGCCAGAGCGGAAUUUGAGCGAUUUUGUUGUCAUGUAAUACCAACCAAGCACACAUGUGAUGAAGGAACAACAAACUUUUCUUAAUCAUAUGUAUAACUAUAUAUUGAAAUUGCUAAACAGACGAAUACUUCUAUUUACGUAAAUUGAAUGUCCCUUAUUUGUUAUUAACAAUAGAAAAGAGAAGAAACUAAGUCAUGCUUUUAAAAAGCCAAUAAUUGUCAUGAAAUUAUUAAAUAUACAAUAUAUGCCGAAAUAGUUUUAUGUAUGUAUGCCUUAAGAAUCAAGUAAACAUAAGACAUAAUAGAUGAAAAUCGAGGGAGAAUAAUUUAAUUAAAUCUUCCAUAUUACGAUGACUUUGUUACGUGAAAUCUUUGCUAUUUUGUCAACAUGUAGAAUAACACCGACUUUGUGAUACAAAUCGAAACUAUUAUGUUGGUUUAAAAAUUGUACUCGUUCAUAUUUUCAAAAUAGUACUGAUUUUUUAUUACACAAUAUAUUAAACUACUUUAUAAGCGAGUAUAAUACAAUACGAUAAAAUAUUACAAAAACAUAGCAUACAUUUCUUAAAAUAAAAUAUUGAAAAUUAAUUAC